AUGAGAAGAGAUCUCUCAACUUGUCUUCUACUUUUAUUUUCAAUUCAAUCACUCACUGCUCUUCAUAAUGGAUCAUGUCUUGGAUUGGUAUGCGGACACAAUGGAAAUUGUCAUGAAGGACCAAAAAAUGGAACACAGAACACGUAUUGGUGCAGAUGCAACGAAGGAUUCUACGGUGUCUACUGCGAGAGAAGAUGCGACUUGAAUUGUGGAUCAAAUCAAAAAUGUGUAUUCAACAAUGAGAUUCAGAAGACAUUAUGUGUUUGCAAAGACUGCGACCAAAACGGAUUGUCUCUCUUGAAACCGAAUUGCCCAUCAGGAUACGGAGGAGAAAAAUGCACAAUUUCCGGUUGGUGUUACCCAGAAAAAUGCAAGAAUGGAGGACGAUGUGUUGGAAGUGGAACCGAUGCGAAAUGUGUCUGUCCCGAUGGAUUUAAGGGAGAGAAAUGUGUAUUGGAUGUCAAUGAAUGUGAAGUUAAACAAGAUGCUUGUGGUCCAAGAAGCACUUGUAUGAACACGAACGGCUCCUACCUCUGCGUCUGUCCCCAAGGAUUCCUCCCUCCAGACUGUCUCACUCCUGGAAAUUCUACUGUUGUCGAAUUCAAACCAACCGUCUGUUUCGUCGAUAUCUCUCCAGAACACCCAAAUGGAAAGAGUAUGUUCUGCCAGAACGGAGGCUACUGUGAGAAGGCUCUAUCCAGAUGCCAAUGUCCACCUGGGUACCGUGGUUCCACGUGUGAAAUAACUCCUGAAUCCGAGGCGGAAGAUCCCUGCUCCUCGAAUCCUUGUAUCCAUGGAUCGUGUUCCUCAUUUGCCGGUGGAUUCCAAUGUCUUUGUGACGAUGGAUUCAGUGGAUCAUAUUGCCAAGACGGCAGAAAUCACUGUGUCGAGAAUAAAUGUGAAGCCGGAUCGAAAUGUAUCAAUGACGUUUCCUCUUAUUUCUGUGAUUGUCCACCAGGAAGAACCGGUCAAUUCUGUGAGAAGAUGGAUUGUAGUGCAGUCCCUGGAAUCUGUAAUCAUGGACGAUGUAUCGAUAAUCCUUUCUCUGAAAAAUCAUUCGAAUGUCAAUGUCAACCCGGAUGGGAAGGAGAGCUGUGUGACUCGGAUAAAAACGAAUGUCUCUCUCGGAACAUGUGCCUGAAUAACGGAACAUGUGUCAAUCUUCCCGGCACAUUUCGAUGUGAUUGUGCACGUGGAUUCGGUGGAAUAUGGUGUGAUCAGCCAGUGGAUAUGUGUCAAGAUGUAGAAUGUAUGAAUGGUGGAAAAUGUCUGCACACUUCGGAUCACUCACCAGUAUGUCAAUGUCGGAAUGGAUUCAUUGGAAAGAGAUGUGAGAAGCAGUGUCCACUUGGAUUCGGAGGUGUUCGAUGUGAUCUGCGAAAGCCCACUGGAAUAUGCUCGAAAACUGGUCCGAAGUGCUUCAACGGGGGCAUAUGUAGUAGUGGAUUCUGUGUUUGUCAACCAGAUUUUACUGGAAAUCAGUGUGAAAUAUCAAGAAAUGAAGUGACGUCAUCACAGAAUCUUUGUCAAUCGGACCCAUGUAUGAACAAUGCUACGUGUAUUGAUGUGGAUGCACACAUCGGAUAUGCAUGUAUCUGUCAGCAAGGAUUUGAAGGAGAUAUCUGCGAGAGGCGUAAAGAUAUUUGCCUGGAGAACCCUUGUGCCAAUGGAGGAACUUGCCAUCAGAAUCGUGAAUCCUUCUCCUGUGAAUGCCCAUCAGGAUUCUAUGGGGAACGAUGUGAAUUGGAGAAGAGAUUCUUCUGUACCAAUAGUUCAUGCAAGAAUGGUGGAGUCUGCCUCCGAAAUGGCACAGCUACAAAAUGUGAAUGUUCAUAUGGAUACACUGGAAACAGAUGUGAGGAGAAGAUCAAUUUAAAUAUAUUCAGUAAUCAGGAUGCCGUCUUCCGUACUGUAUGCGAAAAACGGAAAUGUUGGGAACGUGCCAACGAUGGCAACUGUGAUGAUGAUUGCAACUUCUCCGCAUGCAAAUUCGAUGGUGGAGACUGUUCUGGAAAACGACAACCGUUCUCGAAAUGCAAAUAUGGAAACAUGUGUGCCGAUCUCUUCGCGAAUGGACAGUGUAAUCAAGCUUGUAAUAAUGAAGAGUGUCUGUAUGAUGGAAUGGAUUGUAUGCCAGCUGUGGUCAGAUGUCCGGCCAAAAUUCGAGAGUAUUGUGCAGCAAGAUUUGCGAAUGGAAUAUGUGAUACGGAGUGUAAUACAAAUGGAUGUGGAUUCGAUGCAGGAGAUUGUGAUAACAAGACAGAGUCCGCCCCACUCAAAGAUAUUCGAAUUACUGUACAAAUGGAUCCAACGGAAUUCCAGAAUAACGGAGGAAACUCUUUGAUGGAGAUCAGUUCAGCACUCCGUGCAACUGUCAGAAUCCAAAGAGAUCUAGAAGGACCAUUGGUAUUUGAAUGGGACGGUGAGAAAGAGCAGAAGAGAGUGAAGAUGGACAUGAAGAAGCUCAGUGAGCAACAAGUGCUCUCUACUUCAAUCCGAAAAGUCAGAAGUGCUAUCGGAGGAAAAGGAGUUGUUAUGUAUCUUGAAGUCCAAGAAAACUGUUCUCAUGGAAAAUGUCUGUAUAAGGAUUCACAGACAGUUGUCGACUUGAUAUCCGCCAGACUCGCCAAGAAAGGAAUCGACUCUUUCGGUGUCCCCAUCUCAGAAGCUCUCGUAUCCACACCUCGGAAAUCAGGAGGAGAAAGUUCGGGAUCGUUGAAUAGUUUUGUAUUUCUUACUGGAGGAUGCAUUGCAGUGAUUUUGUUGAUUGCUGGAAUAAUGAAAGUGGAAGAAAUUAGAAACAGAAAACGACGAAUGAUAACUGCUAAAACAUGGACUCCACCAAUGGAAAAUGAGGAUAAGAACCGAAGAAAUCAAUCGAUUAACUCCAGUCAACAUUCUCUAUUAGACCCCACUGCAGGAUAUUAUGAUCCGAAGAGACAUCGAGCAGAAUUUGAUUUGGCUUCACAACCGCACGGAGAAUAUAACCAAUUCUUUCCUCAACCGUUUGUUAAUGGAAAUGGAUAUAUGACAGAUUAUGGAGGCUCUGUGACACCCAUGCUCAGAUUACCUACUACUACAGUACAUCAAGUGUCAUCAAUUAAAGUAGAAGAAGAGACAGAAGUACUCACAAAACUACACGAACAAGCUGCUGGACCAGACCCAAUCACUGAACAAAUCACUAAAGAAUCAGUGAACGUCAAGGAUCCGAAAUACAAGAGAAAUGUUCUUCAUUUCUUAGCUGCGAAUUCAACUGGAAAACAAGAAGAACUGAUUGUACUGGAAGCGAAACAAUGCAUUGCUGUAGGCGGAAAAGUGAAUGAAAUGGAUUGUGAUGAGAAUACUCCGCUGAUGUUGGCAGUUAAAGCAAGACGAGCUAGAUUGGUUCUCUACUUACUUAAGGCCAAAGCUGACCCUUCCAUCUACAACAAAUCGGAACGAAACGCGCUCCACGAGGCCGUAAUCAACAGAGACUCCCAAAUUAUGAAAUAUCUGUUGACAAAUGAACGGAUCAUCAAAGAUAUUGAAGAGUUGGAUCGAAAUGGAAUGACUGCAUUAAUGAUUGUUGCAUGUAAAGAAGGAGAUGAUCAGCUGAUUUCAAUGGCAAAAUUGUUGCUUAUUCACGGAGCGAAAAUUGAUUCGGAUGGAGCAGGGCGAAAGGAUUCGGAGAUUUACAGGGGAAGAACUGCACUCCAUUAUGCAGCACUUAUUGGAAAUCUUCCGAUGGUUGAGUUUCUUGUUAAUGAAAAUGCGAAUAAAGACAAGCAGGAUGAAGAAGGACGUACUCCGAUUAUGUUGGCUGCAAAAGAAGGGCACAGAGAUACUGUAGCAUAUCUGAUACAACGAGGAGCAAGUGUGGAGGUUGUUGAUGCAUUGGACCAUACAGCCCGUCAACUUGCUCGUGCCAACCAUCACCACGACGUCGUCGAACUAUUCGAUAACGUUCAUCUUCAACCUCAACCGCACCUAGAUUUCUUCAAUGGAAUAGACAUUCAUCAUCAACAAAUCCAUUCGCAACCAGCCACUUCAACUCGAAAGAAUGCGCGUCCCGCUUAUCAAAAAUCUGCCAAAAAAGCAGCGGGACGAACCAAGAAAGAAGCAGUCAGUUCUUCUCGAGAUUCGACUCAUUUGACACCACCACCGUCCGAUGGAUCCACGUCAUCACCGUCUCCACAACACUUUAUGACGGCGACAACCCACACAACACCGACGAGUUUACAUUAUAUGAGUCCUGAAUAUCAAUUUGAUUAUAGUUCGGAAGCUUUCCAUCCACAAUGCAGUGCACUUCCGAAUAAUGGAAUGGGAUACACUGCGUCUCCAAUGCUGAAUGAACCAAUGAUGCGACACGCGGAACCAGCUCAUCAUUAUUAUUAA